AACAUCGUGUCGUUUUAAUAUAUCGUUUAACAACACAAUCUCUUCUCCGUUGGAGAACCACUGCAAUAAUCGCCGGAGGUGGAUUUCAUCUUUCCCCCGCCUCCAGUGUUCUCAUAAAUGGCGAAGGCUCUACACUUCACAAGACUAAUAAUGUCUUCUUCUUCAGCAAGAAUGUGUAUGACUUCUUCUCUCUUCUUUUCCUCAGUCAAACCAAGGAGAAACAUCCAUAAACCCUACUUGGCUUCUCUCUUCCUUUCCACAACAUCUACUCGAUACCCUCUUCAAUACGACAUGAUCAUCAAUCGUCCCACACAGUCUUCUCUCUCUCAAACCCGUCGUCGACCCCCUAAAGCAAUCGAAUCCGGUGCACCUGACUCAGCAGAGCCAGAGUUCGAUUCAUGGGUCGACAAUAAACUAGCUUUAGAGCGUGAACAGGGUCGACCCGGUUCAGGAGAUCCGGAAAUGGAUAAAGCCAAGAGGAAAUACUACAGUAAGAGAAGGAAGAGACUAUACGGGUCUGAUUCUGAAGACGAGAGCCGCAGAAAAUCAGAUGAAGGAUUCGUUGAAUUGAAACCUCAAGUUGUGGAAUUUGAUAGGUUACAUCAGAGAGAAGAGGAAUUGUAUUUCUAUGAUACUUUUGCUUAUCCAUGGGAGAAAGAUAAGCAUUAUAAGAUGGUGUAUCAGUUAGAGAAGAAGUAUUAUCCUGAUCAGUGUUUGGAUAAGGCGUUUCUGCAACCUGGAGAAGUUUCGAAGAAGGGUGAUGAUGAUUCUGGGAAAGUUAGAGGGAAGAAGAAAGUAGUAGCAGCACUUGGUGGGAAGAGAAAUGAGGUUAAACGAAUGGGUAUGGAGAAUUGUGUUGAGGAUGAUGACAAGUUGGUGUUUUUUGAUGAAGUGAAGGAGAAGAAGAAGCCGGAGGAUGAUGUUGUUGUUACUGAGAAGAAAGUGGAACAGUUCUUUAAGGAUUUAACGAAAUCUCCCAGUGAGAAAGGUGUGACUAGUGGUGGUGGUGAUGGAGAACCUUUCCUUGUUACGAGAAACGGUGAACUUCCUCCUAGAUGGGAUGGUCCUAACGGUACAGUGCUUUUGGUGAACAAACCCAAAGGAUGGACUUCCUUCACUGUCUGUGGUAAGCUACGACGAUUAGUCAAAGUGAAAAAGGUCGGUCAUGCUGGAACACUUGAUCCCAUGGCUACGGGUCUGUUAAUCGUCUGCAUUGGUAAAGCCACUAAGGUUGUUGACAGAUACCAAGGUAUGAUCAAAUGUUACAGCGGAGUUUUUCGUCUUGGUGAAGCCACUUCAACUUUAGACGCUGACUCUCCUGUGAUUCAGCGAGAGCCUUGGGAGCAUAUAAAAGAUGAUGACAUUAAGAAAGCUUUGACAUCAUUUCUUGGAGAAAUAUGGCAAGUUCCACCAAUGUUCUCUGCGAUAAAAGUUGGAGGCGAGAAGAUGUACGAGAAGGCAAGAAGAGGAGAAACCGUAGAGCUUUCUCCAAGAAGAAUUUCAAUUUUCCAGUUUGACAUUGAACGCAGUUUAGAUGACAGACAAAAUCUGAUAUUUCGGGUUAUAUGCUCUAAGGGUACAUACAUUAGAUCUCUCUGUGCAGAUCUUGCGAAAGCUCUUGGAAGUUGUGCUCACCUCACUGCUCUCCGGCGAGAUUCAAUCGGUGAAUAUUCUGCUAACGAUGCUUGGGAAUUCAAUGAGUUAGAAGCAGCAAUCACUAAAAACUACUUCUAGAAGAAAACAAUUCCAUCGAUAAUCAUAGAAGAUCCAUCCAUUGUGGAUUCUUGGCGACAAACAAGUCAAAAGGUUACACAGGAUUACAUAGAUCAUUGAUUGUUCCUUAAACACUAACAUUAUUGCCCUAAGAGUCUAAGACUCAACCCUUUAUUUCGGUUCAUCAA